AUGCCACCACCCCGAGCGCUUCCAGGGUUCUAUUUCGACGCAGAGAAAAACCGUUAUUUCCCGAUCAAAAACCCCAUUCCCGGCUCUUCUUCCAAGAAACCUAAAAUCACCACUCCAAAACCUCCCCAAACCGAUCCGUUUCAAGAAAAGAGUAGAAGUUCUUGUAGGAAGCUUCGUAACAGAACGUCGAAGCUGCUUCAGAUUAGGGAGUUAGAUGGUCGUCAUGUUAGUGCCUCACAUUAUUGCAAGUGUAACUUCACUGAGGAGUUUCGGAGAAUGCGAACGUCUCAGCCCACCAUUUGGAAGUAUCAAGGAACUGAUAGGAUGUGUAUCAGUGCUUUGGAACACUUGAAUGUUGAUGUGCAGACACUAGAAGGUAGAUUUAGGACGGAUGUUUUGUUGAGUGGAAGCAUCAGUGGCUCGCUGAGUUUUUCUGAAGUUGGAAGGAUUGGGCAAAAUUUCAAUGACGGGGUAAAGUGGAUGCCAUAUUGUAUGAGGAGUAAUAUUAAAGGGAAAGAAGAUGGGCAUAUCAAGGUGCCAGGGCCUCUUUUUAGACAUAAUGGAGCUUCGCUGCAUAUGUCAUCCAGAAUAUCUUGUAUAAGAUUGGGUCCAGAUUUAGCCCCUAAUGCUGCGAGUGAUAGUCCAAGUGUUGGAAAUGCAUUAUUUACUACUCUUGGAUCAGAAACAUCUGGUGGAUCUGUUUAUACCAUCAGUCUUGCUGAGCCAAUAGAUCUUGGAGCAGGAAUUCUAAAUACAUGGAGUAGACUAGAGGAAAUAACUUCUUUCAUGUGUACCCUUUGGACAGCUGAAUACGACUAUAACAGACAUCGGGCUAUAAUUGGUACCAAUCAGGGAGGUGCUUCAGUGGAUCUGGAAAGUGGGACAAGGUCAUGGUUUUUACGUUGUAAAAGUGAUGUUUUUGCACAACAGAUUGUUGAUUCAGGAAAUGUGAUUUUAUGUGGACUAAGAAACGGGGAAGUUGUCUCUGUAGAUUUUAGAAAGAAAAGAUUGCUUUCUAGUAGAUUUCCUGAGCAUAGGAUAUCAUAUGUAUCUUCAGAUAAGAGAGUUGGAAGUUCUAAGCUUGCAGGAAACAUUUAUCCUUCACAUACCAUUAAGAUGCCUUCAUCUAUAUCCUGUUUGGCAUCACUUAAAUAUGAUGACCAGUACUUCUUGGCAAGCUCUGUGGAUGGAUCGAUAAAGCUAUAUGACCGCCGCAUGCUCCAGAAGGGUGCUGUUCAAUCUUAUGAAGGGCACGUGAAUUCCCAUACUCAAAUACAGCUCGGUGUUGACCCAGAUGAGAGAUAUGUUAUGUCAGGCGGGGAGGAUUGCAAGCUACGCAUAUGGAGUAUAAAAUCUGGGGAAUUGCUUUUGGAGGAUAAAUUUUCUAAUUCAGUUCUCACCACUGUGUGCUAUCAAUCAUUUAAAAAAUUUAAAGCAGAGGAAGAAAGCCAGUACACAUACAAUUCUUCUUUGGGUGCAUGGCUUGGAUCAUAUGAAGGGCUCUUUUAUAUGGACUGGCUGUGA